AUGCUCUUCUUUAUCCUGCUACUCCACAUCCUUCCCCUUCGUUCUACUACUCUUCUACAUUUUCUACUCCUCCUCCUUUCCCCUACCUUCUAUUCUUCUUCAUCCCCCGACUCCACCUCUUCCCCUUCGUUAUCCCACUCUUUUUCAUCCUCCUACUCCACCACUUCUUCGCUUCCUUCUCCAACUCUACUUCAUCCUCCUACUACACACCUUCCCGCUUCCUUCUCCUACACUUCUUCAUCCUCUUACUCCACCUCAUUUCUCCUUUCUUUCUCCCACUCUUUUUCAUCCUCCUACUGCACCUCUUCCCCUUCGUUAUCCUACUCUUUUUCAUCCUCCUACUUCACCUCUUUUCCCCUUCCUUCUCCUAUUGUUCUUUUUCAAAAACCUGGAUUUUAUUAUUUCACUUUUUCAUCAUUUUUCUGUUGCCUGAUUCACAUUUUUUUCUUUCCCUUUUUUUCAUUAGUUCUCUUUCUUCUCUUUAUUCAUAUUUUUAUCAUUCUUACUUUUCACCUUCCUUUUCACAAUCUCUUUUUUCUACAUAUGUUAACCACUAUUUAUACUUCCUUUUUUUAUAUUUCUCGUUGUAUUUUUGUUUUUGUCCUUUUCUCCUCCACCCCCGCACUUACUCUGAAGUAG